CGUUCCACGAGGUUUGGCCGCAGCGCCGCGCCGUAGCGGCGGUUGCCAUGGAGACGCGCGGCGCGGCCUAGCGCGUGGUGGAGGCGCGCUGGCGCUCCAGCGAUGUCGUUCCGGGACCUGAGGAAUUUUACUGAGAUGAUGAGGGCCCUGGGGUACCCUCGGCUCAUUUCCAUCGAGAAUUUCCACACCCCAAACUUCAUGCUGGUUUCCGAAGUGCUCCUCUGGCUGGUGAAAAGGUAUGAACCCCAGACUGAUAUUCCUGCCGAUGUGGAGACAGAGCAGGACCGGGUUUUCUUCAUUAAGGCAGUGGCUCAGUUCAUGGCCACCAAAGCUCACAUAAAGCUCAACACCAAGAAGCUUUACCAGGCAGAUGGCUACGCAGUGAAGGAACUGCUCAAGAUCACCUCUGUGCUUUAUAGUGCCAUGAAUGACAAGGGAGUGGAACGUGCGGACAUGAGUGAGGAAGACAGCAGCAAGUUCAAGUUUGAUCUUGGCUCAAAAAUUGCUGAUGUGAAGGCAGCUAGACAGCUCGCUUCCGAAAUCACCUCCAAAGGAGCCACUCUGUACGACUUACUUGGCAAAGAGGUUGAACUAAGGGAGGCAAGAGCAGAAUCUAUUGCCAGACCUUUGGAGAUAAAUGAGGCUGAGAAGGUGAUGAAAAUUGCCGUUGACUGUGUUCUGGAGGAAGUUCAAAAGACUAAAGACAUGUUGAAUAAUGUGGCUUUGGAUGAAGCGAAUUUGGAAGCCAAGAUUGAAAAACGAAAAUUGGAGCUGGAAAGAAGCCAGAAGAGGCUACAGACUCUGCAAAGUGUUCGUCCUGCUUUUAUGGAUGAGUAUGAGAAGAUUGAGGAGCAACUGCAGAAACAGUACAGUAGUUAUCUAGAAAAAUUCCGUAAUCUGACCUACCUGGAGCAGCUCCUGGAGGAUCAUCAUAGGACGGAGCAAGAGAUGUUUGAGGAAGCAGCAAACAUGCUGCGUCUGACCCAGAACAGGCUGAAAGAAGAAGAGCAGCGCCUGCUUAGGAGUGAAAGUAACGAUGACUCUGACAUAGAGAUUCAGGAGGAUGAAGGAACUGAUAGUGAAGAGGAAAACGGGCAGAUCAUGAAGCAGCGUACCACCACGGAAAAACUUCUGCAAGGAAGAGCGGGCGCACGGAUCGUGGGGACAAUGCAGGGUGGAGACACAGAGGAAGAUGGGAGAUCAGCCCCAGCACGGCCAGGCAUGCACAAGAGCAUCACCAACGAGGACUCAGGGGAUAGUGAGAUUGACCUGGAUGAAGAUGAAGAUGAGGAGGAGGAUGAUAUGGAAGAUGACAGCAUGGAAAUCUCCCCGAGCAAAUCCAGUCACCGAGCAAGGAAGCCAGAGCCUCUAGAGGAAAGUGAUAAUGACUUCUGACCCUUUAGCAGCAGACCAGGAGGCAUCUGGAAAUAAAAACUUUGGAGAGCAUGCAGGCCAGGAGCUGAUAUCCUGCCGUUUGAAAAGCGCUUGUCAGCAUGAAUUCAGGAGUGGGUAAAUAAUGUUCAUUAAAGCUGAAAAUUAAACUUGAAUUCCCAGUCUUGUGUCUCUUGAAGGAUGAGCAGUUUAUCCAUAAUGAGAAUCCCAGUAAUGUGGAGCGCAGUUAUUUCUCUGAUUGUGUUAGAACUGGCCCUCAUGUUCUGCAGUGCCAGAAGUCACACGCCAGUGAGCAGCAAGCGCUUGAGUUCCUUCCAUUUUACUAUGUCCA